CUUCUCUUCCAUUUCACUGUCUCCUUCUCUCCCAUCACCUCCCCAGCAAGAGGUUUAGCGAGGGAAAAGGCCGUUGAGCAGGCGGAGGACAGCGAGGGAGCGUAGAGACCCCAGGAAAGACAAGACUCGAACUACACCGUCCUCGUUCGCGCACUAUGAAACUUCCGAGCCGCCCUUCCUCGCCACGGCCUCGUCUGCUAGGAUGUGCGUUAGGCAUGCUGCUGACCAUUGAGGUCGGGGUCUGCGCUUUGCUCCCAGACUCUGGGAUCUUUCUUAUCUACAGCAGUGGUCUACAGGGCUGUUUGGAGACAAAGGACUCUCUAGUAAAAAUGUCUAAAACCUGCAACACUAGCCUCCCUGCGCAGAAGUGGAAAUGGGUUUCCCGGAACCGGCUUUUCAACGUUGGAACUAUGCAAUGCUUGGGAGUCUCCUGGAAGUCCGCCAACACCAGCACAGUAGCCCAUGCACUGGCCACCUAUGAGUGUGAUCAUGAAUCAGUCAACAUGCGGUGGAACUGCCGGAGCCUGGGCGACCAGCUUUCUCAGUAUUUGAGCUCCAGGCUAGGGAACUGGUCACUGGCAGCAACAGAAAGGGGUGACCAAGCACAUGGAAGCCAGUGGAAGGUCUAUGGCCAUGAUGAAGAUUUGUGCUCCAGACCGUACUCUGAAAUUUAUACCAUUCAAGGCAACUCUCAUGGGAAGCCGUGCACCAUACCUUUCAAGUACGAUAACCAGUGGUUCUAUGAUUGUACAAGCAUGGGCCGUGGAGAUGGUCACCUCUGGUGUGCUACCACCCAGGAUUAUGGCAAAGAUGAGAGAUGGGGAUUCUGUCCUAUUAAGAGUAAUGACUGUGAUACAUUCUGGGACAAGGACCACCUCACCAAUAGCUGCUACCAGUUCAACUUCCAGUCCACUCUCUCUUGGCAGGAGGCUGGGAAGAGUUGUGAGCAGCAAGGAGCCAGCUUACUUAGUAUCACUGAGAUCCAUGAACAGACUUACAUCAAUGGUCUUUUAACAGGGUAUGGUUCCACUCUUUGGAUAGGACUUAAUGAUUUGGACCUCAGUGGAGGAUGGCAGUGGUCAGACAAUUCACCUUUGAAGUUCCUUAAUUGGGAGAGUGAUCAGCCUGACAACCCCGGUGAAGAAAACUGUGGAGUGAUCCGGACAGAGUCAUCAGGGGGAUGGCAGAACCGGGACUGCAGCAUUGCUUUGCCUUAUAUCUGCAAGAAGAAACCUAAUGCCACCUCUAAUACAUACUUGACAGAUUCAGAGGUGAAGACUGACUGUGAUCCUAGCUGGCAACCAUUUCAGUCCAACUGCUACCGCCUGAUAAGUGAAAAGAAGAAUUGGUCAGAUGCCAAAAAGACCUGCUUGCGGAAUGAAGGGGACCUGGUGAGCAUCCACACUCCCCUUGAACUGGAGUUUGUUACCAAGCAGAUCAAGCAGGAUGUAGAAGAACUCUGGAUUGGCCUCAAUGAUCUUAGACUACAGAUGAACUUUGAGUGGUCUGAUGGCACACCUGUGCUGUUCACAUUCUGGCACCCAUUUGAGCCCAACAAUUUCCGAGACAGCUUGGAGGACUGUGUGACUAUUUGGGGACCGGAUGGGAGAUGGAAUGACAGUCCUUGCAACCAGACGCUGCCUUCUGUCUGUAAGAAGCGGGGUCAUGUGAGUCAGGGGAGGAAAGAGGAAGACCAUGGCUGCACAAAGGGUUGGAAAUGGCACAGCUCAUCUUGCUAUUGGCUGGGAGAUGACCGUGUGACAUACAGUGAAGCACAGAAGAUGUGCACGGACCACAGUUCUACGCUGGUCACCAUAACCGACAGGUUUGAACAGGCCUAUGUGAGCAGCCUAAUUUAUGGCUGGGAGGAUGAAUAUUUCUGGACAGCACUACAGGACAUAAAUGAAACGGGCUCCUUCCAUUGGCUGAGUGGGGAUGAAGUCACAUAUACACACUGGAACCGCAACCAGCCUGGUUAUACCAAAGGUGGCUGCAUUGUCUUGGCCACUGGGAGUGCCAUAGGUCUAUGGGAAGUGAAGAACUGCACCUCUUUCAAGGCCAAAUACAUCUGCAGGCAAAAGUUGGGAACUCCAGUGAACCCCGAGCUGCUUUCACCACACCCCACACCCAGCCUCACUGGCUCUUGUCCCGCGGGAUGGAGCUCCAGCCCCAAAUUGCGGCAUUGUUACAAGGUGUUCAACUAUGAGAAGCUGCAGGAAAAGAAAAGCUGGAUCACUGCCCAAUUGUUCUGCCAGGAGCUGAAUGCACAGCUUUUGAGCCUAGGCAGUUUUGAGGAGGAGCACUUUGUGGCCAGCACUCUAAACAAGAUGUUUGGUGAGUCAGAACCUGAAAUCCAUGAGCAGCACUGGUUCUGGAUUGGCCUGAAUCGCCGGAACCCUCGAGCUGAGAAUUGGCAAUGGAGUGAUGGGCUUGGGUUUUCCUACUACAACUUUGACCGCAGUAACCAUGAUGACGACGACAUCCGCAAUUGUGCGGCGCUGGACUUGGCCACUCUGCAGUGGAUGCCUCUUCAGUGUGAGGUUCAGCUGGACUGGAUCUGCAAAUUGCCUAAAGGCACUGAAGUGAAAGAGCCAGAGAUUACUGUCCAAGGGAGCAAUGAGUGGCUGAGGUAUCAGGAUGCAGAGUAUAAAUUCUUUGACCACCAUUCAACUUGGGUGCAAGCUCAGCGGAUUUGUACCUGGUUCCAGGCUGAACUGGCAUCUGUUCACAGUCAAGCUGAACUGGACUUUCUAGGCCAAAACCUGAAGAAGUUCUCAAGGGGCCAGGAGCGGCACUGGUGGAUCGGACUCAACACCUAUGAGAAUGAUGGCCGAUUUCGGUGGUCUGACAGUUCCCUCUUGAACUUUAUCUCAUGGGCACCGGGCAAGCCACGACCUAUCAGCAAGGACAGGAAGUGUGUGUACAUGACAGCCAGCCGAGAGGACUGGGGUGACCAGAAAUGUCUCACUGCUCUGCCUUAUGUCUGUAAGCGUACCACCAGCACUGCAGGGCGGCCCUCCUUGUCACCACCGCAUGUGCCAAGUCCUGGCACAUGCCCCCAGGGCUGGCAUGCCUUCAAUGACAAGUGCUUUAGGAUUUCCAGCCAAGAGCAGGUGACAUGGCCAGAGGCAAAGCGUCAGUGUGAAAUUCAGGGGGGCAUGUUGGCAUCCAUCUCCAGCCAUCUUGAACAAGCUUUUGUAACUACUCUUCUCCCAAACAUCACCCUUGACCUGUGGAUCGGCCUCCAUGAUGCUAAGAAGGAGUUUCAGUGGGUGGCACCUGAACUUGUCAAGUAUGUGAACUGGGCUCCCGGUGAGCCAUCUGGAUACAGAAUGUCUACUGCCAGUGAGAAUCCGACCAACUGUGCUGUGGUUUUGCAUGGCUUUGCAUCCCUGUUCACUGGCCGUUGGGAUGACAGGAACUGCUUGGAGGAGAAACAUGGCUUCAUCUGCCAAAGGAGCAAAGAUCCUACCAUAAGUCCUUCUUCAGUGAUCCCAUCCCCAUCCCCUGCUCCCAACGCCAUCCUUUCCUAUCUCAACAGCACUUACCGUAUACUGAAGAAGCCGCUGAAGUGGCAGGAGGCCGUGCUUCUCUGCGAGAGCCUCAAUGCCACCCUGACGAGUGUGAUGGAACCGUACACCCAGGCGUACCUCACCCAGGCAGUCAGCAGCAUGAGUGCCUCACUCUGGAUUGGCUUGUCCAACGAGGAGGGGAGACGGAGCUACACGUGGUUUACAGAUGAGAGCCUUUCCUACACAAACUGGCAGGAUGGAGAGCCGCAGCACUUGGUGGGAUGCACUUACAUGGAUGCAGAUGGGGCAUGGAGGACUGCCAGCUGCGACACCAAGCUGCAAGGGGCCAUCUGCAGGAUGAAUACAGGGGCCCUACUCUCACACAAAUGGAGCUACAAUGGGAGCUGUCCUAGAACUGUGGAGGAUUCCUCCUGGAUCCCCUUCCGGAAUCACUGCUAUGCCUUCCACAUGGAAGUUAUGCUGCACCAGAAUGAAGCUAUGAAGAGGUGUCAGAAAGUUGGAGGUACGGUGCUAUCCAUACUGGAUGAGAUGGAGAACGUCUUUGUUUGGGAGCAUCUCCAAACCUAUGAAAGCCAAUCCAAAGGGGCCUGGCUAGGGAUGGCCUUUAACCCCAAAGGGGGAAUGCUGGUCUGGCAUGACAACAUGGCAGUGAACUAUUCUAACUGGGGACAGCAUGACACAGGACCAAGCAUGCUAAGCCAAAACAGCUGCUUUUGGAUCCAGAGCAGUAAUGGGGUGUGGCAUCUAGGCUCUUGCUCCAAUGUCACUAUGGGAGUCAUCUGCAAGACAGUUCGAGUGGAAGAAAGCCACGUCUCCAAAUCAGCUUUCCUGGAGAAUACAAAGGCCAUUGCUGUGGUCAUCCUUUCCUCCUUAGCACUGUGUGCACUGAUAGCUAUUGCCAUCUAUCUGUAUAAGCGCCAGUGGAUCUCAGAGCGAGGGACAUUUGAGAGUGCUCGCUACAGCCGCACCAACUCCAACCCUAGUGAAUCUGCUGAAAAGGACAUCCUGGUAUCCGAUAUGGAGAUGAAUGAACAGCAAGAAUAA